CGUUUAGUGAAACAAAGGCUUAGUAGAGAGAAGAAAAAAUACUUCGACCACCAGUUAAGUAAUGCUAACAACUCGCAGGCUCUAUGGAAUGAUCUGAGAAGUCUAGGUUUAGUUAAACGCAAAAACACUCAAACUGAAAUAAAUAUCGAUUUAAAUGAACUGAACGACUAUUGCUGUGUUUUUCUAUCUAAGUUAAAUUGCUUAAAACUAAAUGCCUCGAAGACACAAGCAAUCAUCUUUGGAAGCAAAACUAGAGUUAACAGUGACAUUUGUAAAUCGGCAAGUAAUAUUGUGGUUAGUGAAUGCACUAUCUCCUACAGCAGUGUAGGCUAUCAGCAGCUAUUCAGCUCAGACUUAGAAUUUUUACCAGUUGCGAUGCGUAGAGGAGAUGUAAGGCAGGACUACUUGCGAUUGCCUCAGGCAAGAACUAUGAUCUAUGAUUAUUCGUUCCUUAUUCACGGAAUACGAGUUUGGAAUUCGUUGCCUGCUGAGGUAGUAGCAGCUGGUAGCUUUGAUGAAUUUCGAAACAUUUGUUUUAACUUCCUGUUAGAAAAUGAACUU